UGUUAGCCACAAGCGAGACAGACGUACCGGCCAAUUGAACGGGCGCAAGCGAGACAUAUUCCGGCUGAGCGUACGAGGCGCUUAGGCGAACGUUAAAUCAACUCUCAAAGCAUUCUUUGAAUCGUACCAGCGAGGAAGGCGUCGUACCGUGGUGCUCCCAAAGGAACCCCAUUGUUUUGUGAUUGACUAUCAUCUACGUCAGGUGGUUGGAACAGUUGACUUGUCUUGUGCCCGUUAUUUACUGUGACUAUGCUGACGACCACUUCGAUGUCGCGAAAUUCUGCAGUUACGAUUACGCCGGCGACGGUUGCCAGCGUGGCGGCCAGUGCCGCCUCCGUGUUACAGGAACAGCAACAGGCGGCCGCGAACGCGGUGGUGGCCACCGCCGGACAGCAGUUGGACAAAAGUGAAAUCAACGAUGCCGUCACCAAGGUGCUGCAAGGCUACGACUGGACUCUGGUGCCUAUUGCGUCCAAGGCUGCCUCUGACAAAAGGAAAUUGCACGUGAAAAGGCCCAUGAACGCUUUCAUGGUGUGGGCGCAGGCGGCUAGAAGAAAACUGGCGGAUCAGUAUCCGCAGCUUCACAAUGCGGAACUGUCGAAGACGUUGGGAAAACUGUGGAGAGUCCUGAGCGACAACGACAAGAAACCCUUCAUAGAGGAGGCCGAGAGACUCAGGGUGAUCCACAAGCGGGAACACCCGGACUACAAGUACCAGCCGAGGAGGCGGAAGCAGACCAAGCCUCACUCCGACGGCGUGCAUCAGCUACCCCACGGCCCUAACGUGACGUUCUCGCGCCAAAUGAAACAGGAAGACUCGGCGUCCAGUCCGCGAAGCAACACCUCCGCCUCCCCGUCCAACUGCUCGUCCCAAUCGAGCAGUCCCCAGCUACCCCAUCAGAUACUGUCCGGCUGCGAUCCCCAAGGCCUGGACAUGAGCUACAACCGGCUGGGGGAGAUCGACAGCGCUUACAUCCCCGAGGACGGUUUGGACAGCAGCGAUUUCGACCAGUACUUGCACGCCGACAGUAACCAGUCCUAUUCCAUGUACUCGCACAGCUACGCCAAGAACGGUCAGGAGGAGGAAGAAGGCAACAACAACUACAAGACCACAAAGAAGUACCCGGGAGAAGGUUUUGCACACACGAGCGACGGCUUCGACGAGUCGGCCGCCGCUUUCAACAGAUACCACGAGCUUCAGCCCAGCUCUGUCAAGUCAGAGAGGUUCGUGCACACGAACUCGUUGUACGGCUAUUCGGCCAGCAUGCCGAUUACCAGCGGUGCUUCGUAUUACAGCAACAGCAAUCAGUAUUUGCCUUCUUACCAGUAUUUGCCUCAGAGGUCCGUCUUCACCAGCAACACCGGCAUGCCUCUGACCAAUUUCGUCGAAGGCAACACUGACUGGAGUACUCAUUACUAACUAAAUUUCCACUUUGAACAUCUGAAGUUGUGUACAUAGGUUUAAACAAGAAGGGUGAUAUUUUUUCUUUCAAUUUUUGUUUUCGACGGUGGUCGUCUUUUAUUUUUAACAUUUAGGUUGUACAUAUGUAAGAGGUUAUUUAUUAUGUUUCGAAACAGAAUUUGCAUCUGGAAAGGAUUCUCAUUUUUUUAGAAGAAUUAAGUUUAGUUUCAAUUAAAGUGUUGCACAUUUACUUUUUUAAUAAUCAUAGGCACUGUUUUAAGUGUGUUGUACAAAUAAUUAAUAGGUUAGUUAUGUAAUAUAAAAACAUGUUCAUGUAGCGUUUUGAUAAAUAUAUUUUUAUAUGU